CUCUUACAUGAAAUAAAUACCGCUCCAUUACCGAAAUGGACAAAGCUGAAAAACCGCAGAUUACAGACUUACGGGGCGAGAGUGGGUGGGGAGGGAGACAAACCGGCGGUUUUUGUGGAUGAUUUUCCCAAACUCAUUGAUGGCGUGAGGGAGAAAUUGGGUGAGUUGUUGACUGAGAGGGAGGAGGACAAACCCAACAACUGCCUCGUUAACGAAUACCUCCCAGGUCAAGGCAUCUUGCCCCACGAAGACGGCCCUGCCUUCCACCCGGUAAUUGCGACCGUCUCGCUGGGCGGGUCAUGUAUCUUGGAUCUCUAUCCGAAGGGUGGUGGGGAUAGGGGGAAACGGCAACCGACAUGCAGACUGCUGUUGGCACCGAACAGUCUGCUAGUAAUGACAAACGAGGCGUACACGUCGCAUCUGCACGGAAUCGACGAGACUGAUGUCGACACCGUACAUCUCGCCGCUGGGAAUAAUGUCGCCAAUUGGGAUGAGACGGAGGUCGGGGGUAAUCCUACGAAUGGGAAUAUUGUGAAAAUGCCAAGAGAAGAGACAAGGGUUAGCGUCACGUUCAGGUCAGCGAAGAGGGUGGUG